AUGAAUGAGCAAGAAUCGCAAAAAGUUGAUAAAAGAUUUGUUUUCUUAGAAAACCGCGUGUUGUUAACGUUUCAGCUAAAACCUGAGAGCUGGCAAAAAUGUCUUGUCAUAGAGGAGCAAAGACAAUUCAUUCAAGACUUUUUGGACAAAUCAGAUCACACAACUCUUGUGUUGUCGUUAAACUCCUCGGGACAGCUGGUUCCAGCUUUCGGAUUUGCCGGAACCGAAAAUAACAGAUCAGUUUAUUUUUGUAAGCGGAGUAAAACCGCCCUGUCUGUUGAUACAAUGAGAUCAAAGUUAAAUUGGGGAGUCGUGUCCUCUCCUUUGGAGCAGUUUUCAACGACUGUCGAGCAGGUUGUUGUACCACUAUUGUCUAACAAGAAGAACCACAGAGCUGUGCCUCGUGUUGUUUCUCUGGACCUCACUCGACAUGUCGAUGCCCUUAAAAACAGUGUGUGUUUCACUAUGGGUCAAGUCAAAGGCAAAACUUUACUUCCCCUACCUACAGGAUCUGAAAGAUUUGAGGAAGCCACUCAUGAAAGAGGAAAGGGUGGCUGUCGUGUGGAUAAAAGCCUCAUUUACUCUAUGGAGACUGUUGUGAUUGAUUGGAGUAAUCGAGUCUAUAAAGUCUUGAAGAAAGAUUCUUCUGAGACACUUCUUAAAGGCAAAAACCCAACUCCACAUGUGGAGAUCAACUUUUGGAAAGACAGAGUUGCUGAUCUUCAGGGCAUACAUGACCAGCUCCAGUCACCAAAGAUUGCAAAAAUGGCUGAGCUAAUGGUUGCAGUAGAAAGCGUUUACUAUCCCUAUUUUGAAAAAAUGCUCCAGGAUGUUGCAGAAGCUCUAAAUGAGGCAAGGGAGAUCAGUGUCUUCCUGAAGCCGAUACAGAAACCUAUAGACGACCUGGAGACUCAAGACUUCAUAAAGGUGAAGGGGAGUAUUGUUGCCCUUAUGCACACCGUCUGUGUGAUCUGGGCCAACUCUAAAUACUACAACACCCCAGCCAGAGUCACUGUGCUUUUACAAGAGAUCAGCAACCUUCUCAUCCAGCAGGCUCGGAGUUACCUGAACCCAGAAGACAUCCUAAAGGGUGAUGUGAUGGAGAGCCUCUCACAAGUUCAAACUGCUAUAGAUGUUCUUACACAUUUCAAGAGCACAUACGAGGACAGAAAGGCCAACCUGAGUCAGUACCAAAGAAAUGAGAAGAAGGUUAAGCCCUGGGAUUUCUCCCCGCUCAUGGUGUCUGUUCGUCUUGAUCACUUUUUGAAGAGACUAAGAACAAUUGAAACGCUACUGCUGACUGUCGUUGAUAUGAUGAAGUUGGAAAAGGUUGUGUUAGGAGGCAUUCGAGGGAAAUCUCUCAGUCAGCAGGUCCAGUGGUUACAUGAGGAAUUCUUGGAGACAUACAAAGUAUUCUCAGAGAAGACAUAUGAUUGCCUUGAUCUUAGUAACAUGGAGUUUGAGGCUGAUGUCAUGAAGUUCCAGCACAAAGUGGAGGAUACUGACCGGUGCUUGGGUACAAUCUUUUGUCGUGGAUUUGAUGAUGCUUCUGAUUUGGGGAGCAGUUUAAAGGUUCUGGAAAUGUUUGGCAGUCUUUUGGAACGACCCCUGAUAGCAGCCGAUGCUCAGUCAAGAUAUCCGAUGCUGAUCAAAAUGUUUGACAGUGAACUAAACUGUUGCAAAACACUCUUGACAAGCCAGAUUCAAGCAGAGGAAUCUCAAGGCCAUAUGCCCGUUCCCAAGAAUAUGCCUGUUGUCACGGGAGGCCUGAAAUUUGUCCAGCAGUUGCAAGAACGCAUACAGAUUCCUUAUAAUAACUUCAGAUUCGUCAACCACCCGUAA